UGAAGCAAAAGAUUAGAUUUUUGAUUAAUGGAGAAGAAUCAGAACCAGAAGAAGAUGGAGAUGGAGAUUCAGAUUGAGGAGAAGCUAUGCAAGAGAUGCAAAUCAACAUUCAAUCCACACUCAAACUCAACUUCAUCUUGCCGAUUUCAUCCUUCUUUCUUCGUUUGUCGCCGUCACGAUGAUCAGAAAAGGUACUAUGAAUUGGGCCCUAAUGACCCUCCAUAUGCAGCCAAAUUCUAUGAUUGUUGUGGGGCUGAAGAUCCCAAAGCACCUGGUUGCACCACAAGUUCUCAUCUAUCCUAUGAUGAUUAAAACUCCUCCCCAUUUGCUGUUGUGAAAAACUCAAUCUCAAAAUAUAGGUAGCAGCAAAGCAACAAGGUUGGCCCAACAUUUACUGAGAAAAAUGGCUAAGUUUUGAUGAAGGUGGGCAGGAAGGUGCAGAGUAUAUCAGUAGCAGAAGCUAAGUGUGUUGUAGUAGUUGUAGUAGUACAUUCACUACUAUUAAAGCUAAAGGUUUUGAAGAGAGGAAAGGAAUAAUCAAAUCUCAAAUCAGUUACUCAUGGAAUGAAUCAAUGAGGUUUGUUUUGUCUUUGCAUUGCUGCCAAUGAUACUUUUUUUUUUCUUUUUCUUUUAUAUUUGUGGUUGCAUUUUCUGCCAAUCCCAUGUGGUUGACAGUUGUUUUUCUCUCCAAUUAUUUAUAUAAUAUAUACUGUUAUUCUAAAAGUGGUUAUUAUAAGUGGAUUUGGCUGGCUUUGUUCUUAAUCUUAUUAUUAUUAGUUAUUUAAUUAUGAAUGUUUUUUUAUAAGUUAAAAGAUUUGAAAGAGGAUUCUUAUUCUUUAUUCUCUCUUAAUUAUAUACCUUUGAAAGUUU